CCCCGUUCGGCGGUCUUGAACCGGAGCUUAAGACAAAUCGUUCCAACCGUUGUGCAUAAUGCACGACGACCUGUAUGCCCUUGUGGGGGUUUGACUGUGGGAAGGUGACGCCAGAGUAUAUAGAAGUAUGGAUAGCGCCCCCUUCCUCCCGUCACUUCCGUACCAGUCCACCGAUUUUCCCAUCGACGAGGCGCAUCGUGCAACACCUCGAGCCUUUCACGUCGAGCACAAGUCCAUCUGAUCAUAGUCACCUCCGCUAGCUCUGCAGGCAUCUUGAUAUUGGACGAGUCACCCCGUGCCGAGCCCGUGCCUAGCCCGUGCCUGGUGCCAAAGCCUCAUCCAGACGACUACGGCUCAGAACAUACGCCAUCAUCACCACCCAGUAGGACUCUUCCAACAGCCAUGUCCGGCACUCGACAGGUCUACAUCACCAACCUGGUGGGCGGGCAAGCCCUCAUAAUCAAGCAAACGGAAGACGAGGACCUACUCGAACUGAAGCAGGCCGUUUCCCGCUCGCUUGCCAAGGAGAUCAUAGAAACCCCCAGCCUGACACCGUCAACAACGGCUGCAUCAACGCCGGUGACGACGCCGUCCUCCUCGCGAAGAUCGAGCAGCUCCCGCCCCUUCAGCUACAUUCCAGAAGACGCUUUCUAAACCACGACUCCUCCCCCCCCCCUUCCCCUUACCGGGCAAUGUCAAUGAUGCAUGCCCUCUCGAAAUAGGCGGUCAACGGCAAUGAACACACCCCACCCUCCUCCCUUCCUCUUCCCAGGAAAACCAGCCCGCUGGAAGAGAGCUGGGGAAGCAACUUAUUAGUGAAGGAAACGAAGCGUGCGCCAAUGAGGUGCCCACACGCGCGUGAUAGCAGACGCGAGAGCCGGGAGAUGCUGCAUGUGCAUCAGGACCUUUUUUUUUAUAUUUUUUUUAAAGGAAAAAAAAUUCUUUCCCACCCAAACAAACCCCCACGAGUUCGACAGAGAACGGAACGUCAGCCCCAGCUCGACAAUCCCCGCUCGACGCAUCGCAAACUGCAUGCGAUCGGGCUCCCAGUUGCCUGACAAUAUCUGUGCGUUCAUGCAUGGAGUUUUCGAGGACGAGCAGCAGGGGGCAAACCGAUGAUAUGUCCAACGCAUGUGUGGGGGGUCAAGACACGCGAGAACGCCGAAUCCUCUGCCGCAAAACGCGUGGGGUCGUUAGACUUCCUACAUAUGUUUGGGCAUUUUCUUUUCCCCCUCCUCUUUCCCCCUUGCUUUGAUUUUCCAAUCAAGAGACAGAAAGGAAUCCCCACGUGCUCUUUGGACAAAACGCGAAGACAGCCGCGAACUGGUAUACCUCUGCGUGGUUAGAAAGGAGUGGGCUUGCGAAGAACAGAAUGGAAGCAUCAACGAACACAAUACGAAAUUGUGAUACCAAGACAUUUGCAUGCUAUAGCACUAAUGAUAAUGAACUGACGAUUCUUCUUUUUUUUUUG